GGUAUGGGUGGGCGUUCAGAAAUGUGUGUGCACGUAUGUGUGUGUUCAGGUGUGAGCGUCGGCCUCGGAGCUCAGAGGGAAGUCAGUGUCCGGACAGUGUGGCAGGCGAAGAGCAGGUCAGAGCUCACCGAGGGGGCCCCGACUGCUGACUAUGGGGCCAAUGCACUGAAGGGGGCCCCCAGGUAAAAUAUAAGAAAAAAAAAAGGAGGAGAAACGGAAAAUAAUCAAGAAAAAAGAAGAAAAGCUGAAAAAAAGGCACAAAAAGCAGAACAAUGGUGGCAGAGGAAGUGAUAAUUACAUUGUCCGGUGGAGCGCCGUGGGGGUUUCGUCUUCAGGGAGGCGUGGAACAUCAGAAACCGCUACAGGUGGCGAAGGUGCGUAAACGCAGUAAGGCAUGCAGGGCUGGGCUGCAGGAGGCGGAUGAGCUGGUAUCCAUCAAUGAACAGCCAUGUGGAACACUCUCCCACGCUCAGGCCAUGAACCUCAUCGACAGCUCCCCCGGGGUAUUACACAUCCGGGUCAAAAGGACGCCCGCUGGGUUUCAGUCUGUGGUGCUUGUGACCCGUGCCCCAUCCCCCCGUAUAGACAAAGAGUACCGAGCUGCACUGCAGGCCAUGUCCCCUACUCACCCCCAUCAUGCACCUGUACGUGAGGUCCAUCGUAGCCGCUCCUCCCUAACCAGCGGCCUGACGUCUCCACCUGGUAGUGAAGCUUACUACGGUGAGACCGACAGCGAUGCAGACGUGGCGGGCUACGAGAGGCAACGCCGGCAGAAGCGCCGCAGCCCCAGCAACUCCAACCCCGGGAAGCCGUCAGGACGAACCUCUCCUGAAGGGGGAGAAACAUCGGAGAUGAGCGGCUACGACAGCGCACCGGAUGCACAUGUUUAUCCCCGUCUGUUGGAUGGACAUGGGGGAGAUGGAGGUGGAGGAGUGGGGCUGCCAGGGGUGGCGAGAAGAGAGGUGAUUUACCAACCUCCUGGUCCGGGAAUGUGGUCCUCCCAGACGUCCACUGAGACCUCCUCCAUCAUCUCCUCUGCAGACGACCAGGGACCACGGGAUGGAGGGCAAGAGGAGGACAGCGGUUUUCUAGAGCCAGCCAAUGUACCACUGGUAUCCCCUGAGAGGGCGAAAGAGGCUCUGAUGCUGGGCUCCCGCAGCCAACUUGUUCCCAUGGUGGGUCCUGUGAGUAAACCCAUUGACGAGGAGCUUACAACAACCUACAUGGAAAAAGCCAAGCAAGCCAAACUGAACCGUGGGGAUACACAGCAAGACAAGCACGUAAAGGAAGCCAAAAGCAAGUGUCGAACAAUUGCAUCCCUACUCACAGAUGCUCCCAACCCUCACUCCAAGGGGGUGCUGAUGUUCAAGAAGAGAAGGCAGCGCUCGAAGAAGUACACCCUCACCAGUUUUGGUAGUGUUGAUGAGGACAGGUGUCAUGACUCGCAAGAAGAGGAUGGGGUAUUCCCUGGUAGCGAAUCAGAGUUUGAUGAGGAUGGCUUCUCUGCAGCUCCUGACCCAACUUGGGAUAGUGACUACCUGGAUAUGCUGGAGAAGAGAGCAACUGCAGGCACUGAAGGCCGUGGAGAUGGAGCAGAGGAUGCUGCAAGUCCAGGCUUGAGUGAGACUGCAGGCAAGGGUGCCCAGCUGUUUGAGCAGCAGAGGAAGAGGGCUGCCGAGCAUGCCAAGAAGGUAGAAGCAGCAAAACCACAGACACCUCCACAAUCUCAAGUCCAGAACCACAUGUAUCAGUUGCAUCCAGAAAUACAACCACAAAUGCAACCAAACCUCCAGCCUCAGCAGAUAAUACCACCUGGCCCUACACAGCCAGUGCUAUCUCAAGCUCCAGGUUCAGUAGCUGUUGCAGCCAAUAGAAUUUCUAAUGGUGACCUAUCCUAUUCUGCAGUUAGCACAGCCUCCGUGGCGAUGUCACCUCCAGCCGUGGCACCCAAACCAGCCACUGCCCCAGUGACGGUUCUGACAAGUCCUGCACCACCAGCUGAAACACCAUUACCAGAGCUACCUGCGAGUAAUGUCCUCAACAGAACGGCACGUCCUUUCACCCCUGGUUUCAUCAGCAUUCGAGCUGCGACUGCCCCUGUCACGUUCCGGCCACCAGUCACAAAGACGUCCCAGCGACCUGCCUCAGCAGCUGUUGUGCCACCACCAUUUUCCACUGCUUCUGAAAUAGUCAUUAAUGCACCAAUAACUUCACAGACACCCCCUGGUCCUCCAUCACUGCGUUCCCCACCAUCCUCUCUACAUCCAGGUCACUUGGCUAUGGCACCAGAAGCUCCUGUUAACUAUCACCAUCCAGCCCUCUCUACCUCAGUAGAGACAAUGCAGUCGCAACCACCAGUAGCUACUGUUCAUGAAGCUCCAUUUGCAGCUGUGACUCCAAUGUCUGUGACAGUGCCACCAGCUCCACAAGCACCAGUGGUUUCAGCCCCUGUUCCUCUUAUAUCUCAAAUUCCUGGUUCAGCUGACCCUGUUGCCACUGUGCCUCCACUUCAAGCACCAGUUGCUCAGCCACAACAAUAUCCCAUAGCACCUGUAGCUCCAGUGUCAGUGGUCUCCCAGCCAGAAGCUGUAGCUCCAACCCCUGUUCCUGGUCCAGGAGGUCGCACAGGAAUCUUAACUGAGGCUCGACGCCGUAGUGGCAAACCCAAACCAAUGUUCAAUGUGCCAGAUGUCAAAAAGAACUCCCCCAAUCCUGAACUGUUGUCUAUGGUGCAGAACCUGGAUGACAGGUCCGUCCGAUAUAAAUAUGGCCAAACAGCCGAUGACGUUAUUUAUGAUGAUACAGAGGAAGACAGGAGUGGUGAGGCUGGCGCAGGAAGGGUGCCUCCCCCAGUGGCCCCAAAGCCUCGCAUCAUCCAUGAAGCUCCACAGAUUCUUCAUGCAGGGGGUAAGGGCGCCCAACUGUUUGCCAAAAGGCAGAGUCGGAUGGGUAUGUAUGUAGUGGAUACCCCACCUGAGACCCCUUAUCAGCAGGAAAUGGCAAUGCAUAGUGCAGCCCAACCCACAGACUCUUCCAACAACUCUUCCCUCCCCUCGCAAUGGAAAUACUCCUCCAAUGUCCGUGCGCCUCCACCCAUUGGGUACAACCCACUAUUGGGCCCUUCCAUCCCUACAGGGCCUCAGAGGGAUACAAACAAGCCAGACAACAGAGGGGGCUCCCAAAGAGAGGGAAUCAAGGCUCUGGAUUUCAUGAGAAGGCAGCCCUAUCAGCUCAACUCUGCCAUGUUCAACUAUGGGGGCAGUGCUGCUAAUCUGUCAGCCAUGCCGUCUUACCAGGCGCAGCAGGGUGACUACAAAACAACAAUGGUGGGCAGCUCAUUAACCACACCGAGGCAGAUCCCCCUCAAAACAGCCCGUGUCUACGAGAUCAAGCGAUUCUCCACACCUACACCCAUAUCAGCUCCCACUCUGACUCCCAAAGUCAUUGCUCCCCGCUCAGCCACUACCCUUGGAGAACGUUUGACUCAUUUCGGCAUGACCUCCCCAACUCCUGCUCUUCUCACUCCAACUCCAGCCCCGCCACUGACAUCAGCACCAGCCAGUGCUCCAAUCCCAGCUAUACCUCCCUCCCAAGCAGGUGGACUGCCCAGCCUCCCGAAAUUCUCUGCUGCCCCUAUUCCACACCCUGUGCCACCCUCAGUGCCUAAACCUUACGCUCCAGUAUCGUACACCGGUGGGCUGCAGAUGGCGAAGCAGUUCCAGAGCGCUCCUGAGCUCAGUAUCCUUGCCUCUUUGCCCCCACUCAAGUCCAAUCCAGUUCAGGCACCCAAACCACAUUUCAUUGCCACCAAAGGAGGCGUCCAGCCCCAUGUCUGGAGGCCGGGGGCAUUCUGAACAGCAAUGAAUCAGUCACUAUCACACUUGGACAUCUUAAUGCAUUAUUCAUUUAGUGCUGAAAUGACAAGUCAAUUAUGCACAGAAAAUUAAUCAAAGACAAUUUUGGUAAUUGGUUCAUUGUUUAAACGAAGGAAAAAAUGCUUCAGUUUCUGAAAUGUAAUAAUUUUCUGCUUCUCUCUUGUUAUAUCAAUACUAAAGUGAAUUGGUUGGUUGGGAAAAAAACAGACUGAUUAAGAAAAAAGUGACAAAUUAAUUAAAAUAACCAGCCCCACAUGCAUUAAAUUAAAAUUCAACUGUACACAUUUUUUUUAAUAUGUUAGACUAUGAAUAGUGGAAAUAGUCCACAAACACCUUCUUGCUAUUCAAAAUGCUGCUUAUCACAUUUAUUUUGCUGCCAACACAUUUAACUUAGUGACAAUAAUAAUAACAACGAUAGGAUAUAUUAUCAUAUACUGUAUGCCGUAAAGUCCACCAUAUGCCUGUCCUGGAGGGAGGUUUGUGUAAGGCUUCUGGAGAUCUCUUCUACUAAUUUAGCAGAAAAUUCAUCUAAACAGAGCCUGUACUGAAUAAUUCUUUGAAACUUGAAACGUCUGAAAAUUGAAUCGCUGCAGUUCUGACAAUAGGAUUAAAUCACUGGAGAUGUAUGUUGUGUGAUGUUGACAGGAGGAGGUGGAUUAAGGCUUUUAUCUUUGAACAUGUAAUUCUCAGUACCUGUCCGACUAAUUGUUGUGCACAAAGUGUUUUCUACCUGCUCUGUCUGUAGCAUUAUCAAGGAGAAACCACGUUGGUCUUCUUGUCUGAUGGUUUAAAAGAUGCAUGAACAGCUGAGAAUUAUGAAAUGUUUUUCAACACCUCACUGUGGAUCUACAAGUGAAGACAACAUUUGCUCUUGCAAAGUGUUAGUAAGGUUGUGCCAAAUACCUCUGCUCACUAUAGCUAGAGAGAAAUACUAUCUUUUUUAGCACAGGUCACAUUCAACAAGUGCCCAGCCUGUCACUGAAUGUACACUUGUCACUGGAUGUCAGAGCUUCCAAUUGCCACUUUGGCACACCAGAGCCUCCUUAGUAUCAGUGUGAUCGUUUCAGAUAUAUGUAAAUUCUUAACUUUUAUUAAACAAAUAACACAGAUGAAGGAAUGUGUACUUUGUUUUGUCUAAUUGUCAUUUAAUCUGAAGGGAUGCAAUGGAAAGUUGAUGGACUGAGAGGUACCAGCAUUUGUAAAAGGGUUCAAGGAAUCAGAGUUGCUGUGGAGGGAGGAUAUAUAAUAUAUAUAUAUAUAUAUAUAUAUGUAAGGCAAAUUACCAAAUACGGUCUCAGUGACAUAAUAACAUAAUAUAAUAAAACUGAGACUGACUACAUUUUGUUUAUAAUGCCACAGCCUCUGGAUAUUAAAGAAAGGAUAGGGAAGUUUGAUCUAUUAAGUUUGUUGGUAAAGCAACGGAAACUAAUGGAAAGAAGCACAAAAGUUUAGCUGCUGUCUUUCCAUUUAGGAUGGUUGCUAUUAAAAAGUAAGGAUAAAUAUAAUAAAUGGCUAUGUAUCUUGAAAGAUUUGGUAUGUUAAUGGAAACAAGUGAGAAACAAAUAAAUGAUUAUGUUGUGUUCAGUUGUGGAAGAUACUUUUGUUAUUUUUUUACAAUUUCUAAAAUACAGUUUCUCUUAAAGCUUUUUCUUGCUUUCAUAUUAUUACGGCUGCAAAAAGUCUAAGUUAUGCAUAUGUUAAUGUUGAGGUGUAAAAUACAAUAUAUAUGUUUCUGAAUGUAGUUGAGUUCAACUUUGUGUGAAAAUGUUUGUUAUUAAUGCUGAGUAGAAAUUUAUACUGACUAGGGGACAAAACAUUUUUAGAGUAAUAAAAUUAGACUUGAAAGCGC